GUGAGUCCCAGAGGAGGAAGUGAGUGACUCACGGUUCGGUUUGGUGAGAGGAGCCGAUGCUGGUCGCUUCUCUGCCCGCAGCACUUUGCCGGACAUGAGGUGAAAGAGUCGCCAGAGGUUCGCAGCAGCGGAAGUUAAGGUACCAGCUCCUCCGUUCUUCUUUACUUUCCCCGGGAGUGUAGUCGUCUGAGUGGGGGUCCCUGAGGUGGAGGAGCGCCCAGGUGAGUCACCUUCCUGCCCGGAAACAGGAGCUCCGUCCCGGGACAGGUGAGAAUCCCCACCGCUUCACUUCAAACAUCUUCCGUUUCAGUUUCCUGCUUCAGUAAAUACCAGGUUGUGCGUGAAGUACAGAUGUUAGACACAAACUGAACCUCCCUCCCAUCAUGGAUUCCAAGAAGCCAGGCAAGCUGCACCAUCUCCGCAAGAAGAUGAUGCCGCAUUUUCGGCGCGACAAGUCAAGCUCAAACAAGGAGGUUGCCCACCUUCAACACGCCAUGGACCAUCGGAUGAGCUCCUCUGUUCCUGACAUGAGGAACAUGAGGCAGGAGUAUGCAGGUAUCUCCUCCAGCCCGCAGCUUCAACACUUCAACACUCCCAGCUACAGUAACCCCUCCACACCUCUUGACAUGCUUUCGAGAAGCAAGAGACAAGCUGGGAGUGGCCUAAACAUGGGAGUAGUUGGUGAAGGAGUUGGGAGGAGUGAACACAGAGUGAGCGUGGCUGCAGACAGUACAGACUGGGCUUCCUCCCAGGAGUCAUUCAACAGUCUCGGUGAGGUGGAGGAAAACUCUCCGGAGACAAACUACAGACCUGCAAGUGGCAUGGAACCUGAGGAGCUGGUACUGCCGGAGAUGAUGACUGUCUAUAGCCCAGACCAGCCCUCUGUGGACGUCUCAGAGGACAGCUCACAGUGUGAGAUGGGCGACGAGACUCCAAGUAUGUCGGACAGCAUCAGAGGUCUGUCCAGGUCCUUCCUACUCACCAUCAACCUGAAGGAAGGACGUAACCUGGUCAUCAGGGACCGCUGUGGUACCAGUGACCCUUACGUCAAAUUCAAAUUUGAUGGGAAAACGUUCUACAAAAGCAAAGUGGUUUAUAAAAACUUGAACCCCACAUGGAACGAGAGCUUCUCUCUACCUGUGAAGGAUCUGAAUCAGAAACUGUACAUCAAGGUCUACGACCGUGACCUGACAACGGAUGACUUUAUGGGCUCUGCCAGUGUCGUCCUGAGUGAUCUGGAGAUGGACAAAGUCAGUGAGCUGUUGUUACACUUGAAUGACCCAAACAGCUUGGAGCAGGACAUGGGCACCGUGCUGGUGGACAUGACCCUGUCUGUCAGAGAUGGAGACAGUAAAAGAGGCCAACGGUGGCCCCAAAUACGAAAACGAAGUUUUAGGUCGGGAGCGUCCCCUCAGAGUCUUCGUCUGUCAGAGACGCUGAAGAAGAGUCAGAUUUGGACGUCUGUGGUGUCGGUGACUCUGGUGGAGGGUCAGGAGCUGCCGGUGGACACUCAGGGAGGUCAGCUCUUUGUCCGCUUCAGACUGGGAGAGCAGAGAUUCAAAAGCAAGAAUCACUGCAAAGUGGCGAAGCCUCAGUGGAGAGAGAGGUUCACCUUCAAUCAGUUCGUGGACAGUCCAGGAGUGUUGGAGGCGGAGCUCUGGUCCAAGGAAGGACGAAGGACAGAGGAGUGUUUGGGAACGUGUGAAGUGGACCUAUCCGGGGUCCCUCUCAAUCAGAGGCAGCUGUACACACACUCGCUGGUACCGGGGAGGGGGCGUUUGGUUUUCCUGCUCAUGCUGAACACGUGCAGCGGCGUCUCCAUCUCAGAUCUGUGCUCUGCACCUCUCGAUGAACCUCAGGAACAACAGAACCAGCUGGAAAACUUUAGUUUGAAAAAUUCCCUUCAAAACCUCCGAGACGUUGGUUUCCUUCAAGUCAAAGUUAUCAAGGCUGCAGAUCUACUAGCUGCUGAUUUAAACGGAAAGAGUGACCCGUUCUGUGUGUUGGAACUGGGGAAUGACAGACUUCAGACUCACACCAUCUAUAAGACCCUCAACCCAGACUGGAACCAAGUCUUCACAUUCCCUGUCAAAGACAUUCAUGAAGCUCUGGUGGUGACCAUCUUUGAUGAGGAUGGAGACAAGGCGCCAGACUUCCUGGGAAAAGUUGCCAUCCCCCUGCUCUUGAUCCGCCAGGGACAGCCGUUCACUUUCCCACUCAAGAAAGAGGACUUAGGUGGCAUGUCGAAGGGGAGCAUCACUCUGCAGCUGGAUGUUAUUUUUAACCCUGUCAGAGCAGGCAUAAAAACCUUUCAACCCAGAGAGAGAAGAUUCAUUGAGGAUAAUCCCAAAUUUUCCAAAAAGGCUCUGGCGAGGAACGUUCUGCGUGUUCAGACACUGUACAGGGCUAUCAUGUCGACGCUGCAGUACAUCAAAAGCUGCUUCCAGUGGGAGAGCGUUCAGAGGAGCCUGAUCGCCUUCCUGGUGUUUGUGUUGACAGUUUGGUACUGGGAGUUUUACAUGCUGCCCUUCUUCCUGGUUUUGCUCAUCUUGAGGAACUACCUCCAGAUAACCUACGGUCCCGUCAGCCACGAGCUGGAUAAUAUGGAUUUGGGGGAUGAGGAUGAAGACGAUGAGAAGGAGUCAGAGAGGAAAGGGCUGAUGGAGAAAAUCCACAUGGUACAAGACACCAUCAUCACACUUCAGAACCUGCUGGACACGAUCGCUUGUUUCGGGGAGAGGAUUAAAAACACGUUCAACUGGUCUGUGCCGUUCCUGUCGGGUCUGGCCCUCCUGGUUUUCACCAUCGGAGCAGUCCUCACAUACUUCAUCCCCAUACGAUACCUAGUUUUAAUAUGGGGCAUCAAUAAAUUCACCAAGAAACUACGGAACCCGUACAGCAUCGACAACAAUGAGGUGCUUGAUUUCCUGACGAGGGUGCCUUCAGAUGUGCAGAAGGUUCAGUUCGGUGAGGUGAGAGGCACCCGGAAGAAGAAAGUUCAGUAAGCGGACCUGACGCUGCCGCUGCUCUGUACAUCAUCUCCAGUGGAUCUGCGGAUUGUCACUUUUUGUUGUUUUCAGGGUGUGUGGAAGGUUUGAAUCUUCAUCUGCUGUGAUGAGAGCACAGCUGCACAGCGCUCAUAUCCACCAGCACCUAAAGACCUUUCAACCAAAGACAUCUACGCCAAAGACCCCGCAGAGAUUUUUACUAAUGUGUUCACUGUGCAUUUCUGGAGCAGUUUGUGAAAUAACUUUCAAAGAUUGUAUGUUUUAUUGGAUGUACAGUUUAUUCUUUUAGAUAUUUAAUCAGAGGCUGCUUUUUUAAAAUGUAGUAUUUUCUUAGUCCCAUGUUUUGUUUUCCUGAAAACAACUGAGAUAUAAGUUUGUAUUUUAGUGAAUGUAUAUGUUUGGCAGCAUUUGUGUGUGUAUAUUUCUACAUUGACAAAUGUGAAAACUUUAAUUAUAAAAUACAUGAUUCACUAUUUUUAAAAAUCACAAAUUGUAGCUGGGAUAAAACAAUAGAUUACCUAUAACAUAAAGUAGUUGUUUUUACGUGCAUGGACUUUGUGGUUUUAAAUAUGAAUGAAUUUCAGGUCACAAUCCCUUUUACAACCUUUCACACUGUACUGUCUAAACAGCAACAUAUCAAAGUUAGUAGCCAAUAUCAUGCAUCAUAUGCCUGUAUUGCUUGGAUGCACAUUGAAAAUGGAUAAACAUCUAUGUUCAUUCAGUACUGACUGACUCAUUUUCCUUCAACAUGAUGAUAUGGAUGUAUCUUUACAUGCACAGGUCCCACACAGUGGAUGCACUGUAGUUUGUACUCACUUAACUUAUUUAUUGAUUUACAGUCACUGAUGAAGACUGGUUUUCAUUUCUAACAGCAAUAAACAAACACAAUAGCCCAGUG